AUGCCAAUCUGGCGUGCAUCUAUUGUGAGGAACUUGGAAUUUACACUCCAUAAUCCCGUUUCUUCCUCCUACAAAAUCCUCUUAUGUCAAUUUAGCCUCCGCGAUUCAACCUGGUUCGUCCUUGCCCCCAGUCCGCCACACUUGCCACCGCCACUCCGUCCAUCGUGCACUACUAGUCCAAAGGUUGGGUGCUACAAUGAGAUUUACAGGGUACUGAAAACAGGUCAGUGUUUCGCUGCGUAUGAGUGGUGUAUAACUGAUGCCUUCGACCCCAAUAACCAAGAGCACCAAAAGAUCAAGGUAGAAAUUGAAUUGGGCAAUGGCCUCCUUAAUGUAAGGCUGAUAUGGCAAUGCCUUGUAGCUGUUAAACAAGCAGGUUUUGAAGUUGUAUGGGAGAAGGAUCUCGCAGCAGACUCGCCCCUCCCAUGGUACUUGCCUCUGGAUAAAAGUCACUUCUCACUCAACAGUUUCCGUUUGACAGCAAUAGACGUCAUGGCUCUUGAAAAAAUGGGACUUGCCCUAAAGGGAAGUCAAAGGGUUCAAGCUUUCUUGGAGAAAGCUGCAGAAGGACUUGUUGCUGGUGGAGAGUAA